AUGCCUACUAAUCGUUCUACGGUUGAACAACCUGCACGUUCAAACGCAUACCGUCCUCACGAAUUCGAUCCAACAUCUUGUGAUUGGGAUGAUUGGGAGAUCUUAUUCGACACUUUUAUCGAUGUAGAAGGCAUCACAGAUGAUAACAAGAAACGAAAUCUUCUUAUUACAGCACUUGGUGUCCAACCUUUUAAAACACUUAUAUCUGUUUGUAAACCAAAAAAACCUAAUGAAUGCUCAUAUCAAGAAAUUAUACAAAAACUUCGUAUAAAUUAUGCCCGUGUUACAUUUUCGUCGACGGAACGAAUUAAGUUUUUUGCAACACGGCAAGAUUCAUCACAGACACUUACUGAUUUUGCAAAUUCUCUUCGAGACAAAACAGUAACCUGUAAGUUUCCGAAUGAUUUCUACGAAAAUGCUUUAAUUACAGCAUUUGUUGGUGGUUUGAAAAAUGAUCAUGUACGUAAACACUUAAUGCAACAAAAUUUAGAAACAUUUGAACAAACACUGAAUGCAGCUCGCAUAUUUGAAUCAGUCCUUAUUCAAGGUUCGAAUGAUAGAAAUGAUGUAUCAGAUGAACUAGCUGUUAUGAAAAUACAAAAACAACAUAAACAUGCUAAGAACGUCCAUCAUAAAAUGGUUUGUUCAAGCUGUGGUUCUCCGGAUCAUCUACGAUCACAAUGUCGUUUUCGUCAUGUUACCUGUCAUAAGUGUAAUAAAGAAGGGCACAUUUCCAAAGUUUGUCGUUCACACACAAAUACAAACCACAAUAAGAUUAAUACAAUUGCUUCGGUUACAUAUGAACAAAUUAAAGAACAUCCAAUACAUGUUCCUAUUAAAAUUGAUGGAUUUAAUGUUCUAUUUGAUUUAGAUACAGGUUCUCCUAUCACUGUCAUUGAUAAAAAUAUAUGGAUACAGAUGGGAAAACCAAUCUUAAAACCGAUUAAAUCAGUCUAUAAUAGUUUUUCAGGUCAUGCUAUUCCUCUGAAAGGGGAGAAAAUCGUUAAAGUAAAUUACAAUGACCAGGAACUUGAUUUACAACUUAUAGUUGGUAAUGAAAAUUGUAACAAUAUUCUAGGUCGUAAUUGGAUUAAUGCGUUGCAUUUAAAUGAAACAACAUUAGAUGAACUUAUUAAUAAUAAUAAAGUUCUUAAUGUUAAUUCGAAAAUUACCAAUUUAAAACAUCUUAUACAUACUUAUAAUGAUAUUUUUAAAGAAGGUUUAGGAUGCUGUAAGAUGAAAGCACAUCUUUAUGUUAAAUCAGGUGUUAUACCAAAAUUUCAUAAGCCAAGGUCUUUACCGUUUGCUUAUCGACAAGUUGUUGAAACAAAUUUAAAUCGACUUGUACAUGAAGGUGUAUUAACAUCAGUUAAUGUUGCUAAAUGGGCAGCACCUAUUGUUAUAGUACCGAAACCGAAUGGUAAAGUGCGUAUAUGUGCUGAUUUCAGUACAGGUGUUAAUCAGUCAUUAGACAUUGAUCAAUAUCCUCUCCCGAAACCAAAUGAUUUAUUUGUAGUACUCAAUGGUGGUACUAAAUUUAGUAAAAUUGAUUUUUCUGAAGCAUACUUACAAGUUGAAUUAGAUGAAGAAAGUAAAGAAUUAGUGAUUAUUAAUACUCAUAAAGGUUUAUUUAAAUUUAAUCGUUUACCGUUUGGUAUCGCUUCUGCACCAAGUAUUUUCCAAAAGAUUAUGGAUCAAAUGUUAUCGGGUCUGGAAGGAACAGUUUGUUAUUUAGAUGAUAUCAUCGUAACCGGGAAGACCGAAAUCGAACAUUUAAAUAAUUUGAAUAAAGUAUUUUCAAGAAUUAAAGAAUAUGGUUUUCACAUAAACCAAGGUAAAUGUUCUUUUCUACAAAAUUCUGUAGAAUAUUUAGGAUUUGUUAUUGAUAAAUUUGGUAUUCAUACGUCACCAUCAAAAAUAAAAGCAAUCGUUAAUAUGCCCAAACCAACUAAUGUAUCGCAAUUACGCUCAUUUCUGGGUAUGGUUACUCAUUAUGCAAAGUUUAUUCCAAGAUUAACAGAUCGAUUACUACCUUUUUACUCGCUAUUAAAAAAGGACACAUCUUGGCAAUGGACUUCAACUUGUGAUAAAGCGUUUAAAAGUAUAAAACGACUUCUUACUUCUCCACUUGCAUUGACACAUUAUGAUCCGUCACUCCCAUUAAUUUUGGCAGCGGAUGCAUCGAAUGCAGGUGUUGGAGCGGUUAUUUACCAUCGUUUUCCUGAUGGUACGGAAAAAGCCAUUGCUCAUGCUUCUAAAACUCUUACAUCAACAGAAACUAAAUAUGCACAAAUUGAAAAAGAAGCUCUUGCUAUCAUUUAUGGUGUUCAAAAAUUUGAUCAAUUUUUACGAGGUCGACAAUUUACACUUCUAACGGAUCAUAAGCCACUACUGACAAUUUUUGGACCUAAAAAAGGUAUUCCUACUACGUCAGCUAAUCGUCUUCAACGUUGGGCCAUUAGAUUGAUGGGUUAUACAUAUAAAAUUGAAUAUUGUUCAACAAAUCAUUUUGGUCAAGCUGAUGGACUUUCUCGAUUACCUGUCGGGCCAGAUGUUAGUUUUGAUAACCUAGAUCCAGGUGCAGUUCGACUUGUUGCUACUAUUCAAGAAGAAAUUCAAAAGGAAUUACCUCUUCGUGCUUCACAUAUUGCUAAAACUACUCGAAAAGAUUUAAUUCUUCAACAAGUUUAUCAUUAUAUACUUUCGGGUUGGCCGACACUAUCUCCUGAAAAGUUGGAAUCUUAUUUUAGAAUUCGUAAUGAGCUCUCUACAUCACAUGGAUGUAUUACUUGGGGUAUAAGAACAAUCAUUCCAACAUGUUUUAGAACUCGUCUUUUAAAUCAUCUCCAUUCUACACAUUCUGGUAUGGGGAAAAUGAAGGCAGAAGCUAGACGUUAUUUUUGGUGGCCUUCACUUGAUAAAGAUAUUGAAGAUCUUGUUCAUCAAUGUAAAAUUUGUUCUGAAAUCGCUAAACAACCAGCGAAAGCUCCAUUACAACAAUGGAACGUUCCUAAUGAACCAUGGAAACGAAUUCAUAUUGACUUCAUGGGAAAAUUUUUGGGUUCUUAUUUUCUUAUUGUUGUUGACGCUCAUUCGAAAUGGUUAGAAGUUUUUAUGAUGAAUGAUAUAUCAACAUUAUCAACAAUUAGUAAUUUAAAAACUUUAUUUGCUCGAUACGGAUUAUGUGAAGAAAUUAUCUCUGAUAACGGGACUCAAUUUACAUCUAAUGAGUUUACUGAAUUUUGUGCUCGUAAUGGAAUACGACAUAUUUGUACAUCGCCUGGUCAUCCUCAGUCAAAUGGACAAGCAGAGCGUUACGUUGACAUUGUUAAAACUGCUCUUAAAAAAGGAUUUCAUAAAGGAUGA